AAACUAAAAACCAUUCUUCUCUCUUUUCAUUUUUUUCAUUCUCUCUCUCUUCUCCAUCGUUUUCACACUUUUCUCGCCGCCCUUUAUCCUUAUCCGAUAAACCCAUCAAAACCCACAAAUAAAAACAGACUCUUUUGUUCUUUAAACAGAGAUCGAAAAUCCAGAGUCACCGGAAAACCUCACCGCCGGUUACUCUCAGGAUUAGUUGAUUUCGUUCGAUUAAAAUAUCAAAAGGAAGAAGAUGAAGUACGUGCUUGUAACAGGAGGUGUUGUGAGUGGAUUAGGGAAAGGAGUAACAGCAAGUAGUAUUGGUGUUCUUCUUAAAGCUUGUGGUCUUCGAGUUACUUCUAUCAAAAUCGAUCCUUAUCUAAACACUGAUGCUGGAACCAUGUCUCCAUUUGAGCAUGGUGAAGUUUUUGUCUUGGACGAUGGUGGUGAGGUGGAUCUUGAUCUUGGAAACUACGAAAGGUUUCUAGAUAUAAAAUUAACCAGAGACAAUAACAUCACUACUGGGAAAAUUUACCAGCAUGUUAUUGCUAAAGAGAGGAAAGGAGAUUAUUUGGGAAAGACUGUUCAGGUUGUUCCUCAUGUCACUGAUGCAAUUCAAGAUUGGAUUGAGAGAGUUGCGGUUAUUCCUGUUGAUGGAGAGGAGGGUCCUGCUGAUGUUUGUGUUAUUGAAUUAGGUGGAACUAUAGGUGAUAUUGAAUCCGCGCCUUUUAUUGAAGCGCUUGGCCAAUUCUCCUACCGUGUAGGCCCAGGGAAUUUCUGUCUGGUCCAUGUCAGCCUCGUGCCUGUGCUUAAUGUUGUUGGUGAACAGAAAACUAAGCCCACACAGCAUAGUGUCAAGGGGCUACGAGGCUUGGGCUUGACGCCGGAUAUCUUAGCUUGCAGGAGCACAAAGCCUCUUGAAGAUAAUGUGAAAGAAAAACUAGCUCAAUUUUGCCAUGUCCCGCUUCAGUAUAUCUUCACUCUCUAUGAUGUUCCCAACAUUUGGCAUAUUCCUUUGUUGCUAAAGGAUCAGAAAGCUCAUCUGGCAAUCUCAAAAGUGCUCAAUCUUGCUAGUAUUCUUAAUGAGCCUUCUCUAGGGGAAUGGACUUCCAGAGCUGAACUAUGUGACAAUUUACAUGUGCCGGUGAGAAUUGCUGUUGUGGGGAAAUAUACAGGCCUCUCUGAUGCUUAUCUAUCUGUCCUAAAGGCUCUCUUACAUGCUUCUGUGGCUUGUCGCAAAAAGCUCGUAGUUGAUUGGGUUCCAGCUUGUGAUCUCGAAAAAGAAACUGAGAAAGAGAAUCCAGAUGCGUAUAAAGCUGCUUGGAAGUUGCUAAAGGGUGUAGAUGGAGUUCUUGUCCCUGGAGGUUUUGGUGAUAGGGGAGUGGAAGGGAAGAUUCUUGCUGCAAAAUAUGCCCGUGAAAACAAAAUCCCUUUCCUCGGUAUUUGUCUCGGGAUGCAGAUUGCUGUCAUCGAGUUUGCACGAUCAGUUCUCAGCUUGCACGACGCAAACAGCACAGAAUUUAAACCCGAAACCAAACAUCCGUGCAUCAUUUUCAUGCCCGAGGGUUCGAGAACUCAUAUGGGAGGCACUAUGCGCUUAGGAUCAAGAAAAUCCUUCUUUAAUGUCAAAGACAGCAAAUCCGCAAAACUAUACGGAAACAAAAACUUUGUCGAUGAGAGGCAUCGUCACAGAUAUGAGGUGAAUCCUGAUAUGGUUGAACGCCUUGAAAAAGCCGGUCUCUCUUUCGCUGCAAAAGAUGAAACUGGCAAACGCAUGGAGAUCAUUGAACUCCCAAACCAUCCUUUCUUUAUCGGUGCUCAAUUCCACCCCGAGUUCAAAUCCAGACCCGGGAAAGCGUCUCCUCUGUUUUUAGGACUCAUUGCAGCAUCAUGUGGCGAGCUAGACACAGUCCUGCAUCCAGCCACUGCUCAUCAACAUCCGAUUAGUAACGGUCCAAAAAACGUUUACGUCAAUGGAACUCCCAAGAAAUCUCCCAAUGGUUUGGCUGAUGAAAUUGGAUCUCGGAUAAGUUUCCAUGUAAAAGCUGCAAAGCUAACUUAUGUUUUAGAAACAGCACAGCAAAAAACGCGAGAUGUACAAGUUGGAAGAACUUAUGGGGUUCGUCCAGAGGACGUCCAAGCUCCUCCGCAAGUUUACCGGAUUAUUCCUCCUCAAGUUAACCAAGAUCUUAACCAGGUUCCUCCUGAAGUUAACCAAGCUUACCGGGCUGUUCCUAUUCCUCAAGUUGUUCCUCGUGAAGUUAACCAGGUUCCUCCGCAAGUUAACCGGGUUAUUCCUCCUCGAGUUUACCAGCGGAGGAACCGUGCAGCAACUCCUGAAACUGAAUCAACUGCGAGUUCUUCUUUCAAUCCAAGACCUGAGAUCAUUGUAGUUGAAUACCCUGAUGAUACUGUUGCUGAAACUUCUCUGAAGAAUCAUCCUCCAGACAAGGAUAAGGACAAAGACACUAUUAUGGAACAACCUAGUAGUCCACGUCAUCGGAAGGUUGUUGCUAGAUGGUUACCGGAUGAAGCGCAGAGGCCGAUUAUCGAUGAAGCUCCGGUAUUCACCCCAUCGUUAGAGGAGUUUGAAGAUACACUUGCUUAUAUCGAAAAAAUACGUCCACUAGCAGAGCCGUUUGGUAUCUGUCGAAUCAUCCCACCAUCGACAUGGAAACCUCCUUGCCGGCUUAAGGAGAAGAGUAUAUGGGAGCAUACGAAGUUUCCCACCCGGAUUCAGAACGUGGACCUGCUUCAGAACCGCGAGCCGAUGACAAAGAAACCAAAGAGUAGAAAACGGAAAAGGAGAAGAAACUCGAGAAUGAGUUCGUCUAAGAGACGAUCUGGUUCUUCUCCCUCUGAAUCGACUUCAUCUCCCGAGACUGAGGAGAAAUUUGGUUUCAAUUCUGGUUCAGACUUCACUCUUGAGGAGUUUGAGAAAUAUGCUCUGCAUUUUAAAGACUCGUACUUCGAAAAGAAAGACUUUGGUGGAGAUAUAGUAAAAUGGAAACCGUCUGUGGAUGAAAUAGAAGGCGAAUACUGGCGGAUAGUUGAGCAACCAACAGAUGAAGUGGAGGUAUACUAUGGAGCUGACUUGGAGAAUGGGGUACUUGGAAGCGGGUUUUAUAAAAGAGCGGAAAAGUUAACCGGUGGCGAUAUGGAUCAGUACACAGUAUCUGGCUGGAACUUGAAUAACCUGCCGCGUCUCCCCGGCUCUGUCCUCUCUUUUGAAGAUUGUGAUAUCUCUGGAGUUCUAGUUCCUUGGCUCUAUGUAGGAAUGUGUUUUUCAUCAUUUUGUUGGCAUGUGGAGGACCAUCAUUUAUAUUCACUGAACUAUCAUCACUUUGGGGAGCCAAAAGUAUGGUAUGGUGUUCCAGGAAGCAAUGCAACCACUCUCGAGAAGGCGAUGAGAAAACAUUUACCUGAUCUGUUUGAAGAACAGCCUGAUCUACUUCAUGGCCUGGUUACUCAGUUUUCUCCUUCAAUCCUGAAAGAUGAGGGAGUCCAGGCUUACCGGGUGGUUCAGAAUUCAGGGGAGUUUGUAUUGACAUUCCCGAGGGCGUAUCAUGCAGGAUUCAACUGCGGUUUCAACUGUGCAGAAGCGGUUAAUGUGGCUCCUGUUGAUUGGUUGACUCAUGGACAGAACGCUGUGGAACUCUACAGUAAAGAGACAAGGAAGACUUCUCUGUCUCAUGACAAACUUCUUCUUGGAGCAGCUUAUGAAGCGGUUAAGGCCCUUUGGGAACUCUCAGCUUCUGUGGGAAAGGAAAAUACAACAAAUUUGAGAUGGAAAAGUUUCUGUGGGAAGAACGGGACACUUACCAACGCGAUCCAGGCUCGGUUACAAAUGGAAGAGGGAAGAAUUGCAGCUCUUGGUAGGGAUUCUUCGAGCUUGAUGAAGAUGGCGAAGGACUUUGAUUCAAACUGUGAAAGGGAAUGCUUCUCAUGCUUUUAUGAUUUGCAUCUCUCUGCUUCUGGUUGCAAGUGCUCUCCCGAAGAAUACGCGUGUCUCAAGCAUGCAGAUGAUCUUUGUUCAUGUGAUGAGAAGGAUAAAUCCAUCCUUCUCCGGUACACAAUGGAUGAGUUAAGCUCGUUGGUCAGAGCAUUGGAAGGGGAAUCAGAUGAUUUAAAGAUAUGGGCUUCCAAGGUCUUAGGCAUUGAACACAGUGAUGAAGAUCAGACAAAGACUAGUUCAGUUAUCAGUGAGGAGAAGAAGUUAAAAGAAGGUUCAGUUAUCAGUGAGGAGAAGAAGUUAAAAGAAGGUUCAGUUAUCAGUGAGGAGAAGAAGUUAAAGGAAGGUUCUUUUGAUCUGAACAUUGACUUAGAGUUGGAUUAUCAAGAAGACCUUAAAGAAGAAGUCAGCACUAGUGGCGGCGAGUUAACCGCCUCAGAGAACCUUGGUGUAUCGGUUGAGCCUAUAAACCUCGGGUUCUUGAUUUUUGGAAAGCUUUGGUGCAAUAAGCAUGCUAUAUUCCCAAAAGGAUUCAGGAGUCGUGUCAAGUUCUACAAUGUGCUUGAUCCAACAAGAAUGAGCAAUUACAUCUCCGAGGUUUUGGAUGCAGGACUCAUGGGUCCAUUGUUCAGGGUCACUCUGGAAGAAUCUCCAGACGAGAGCUUCUUCAAUGUCUCAGCCCAAGAAUGCUGGGAAAUGGUGUUGCAGAGAGUUAAAGAUACAUCCUCAAGUCUUGGUCUUCCUACAUUAUCGCAGUUUGAGGGUAUCAACGGUCUUCAAAUGUUUGGUUUCCUCUCGCCAUCUAUAGUUCAGGCCAUUGAAGCUCUUGACCCAAACCAUCGACUCGUUGAGUACUGGAACCACAAGAACCAAACUUCAUCAGACUCAAAAGAUCACUUCAUAUCAUCAAACUGUUCCGCAAGUUUAACCAAAGGAAAACUUUUCGGAGUAGAUUUGAUGUAAACAGCUCAAGAAGCCAACAAGACUGUACCAACUCCGAGACAACAACAACAACAACAGUGACAUAUCUUUUAGAUAGAUAGAAUAAAUUUCUUUCUGAUUC